AUGUCCCUCCAAGCGCUUGUUCCAGAUCUGCCUCGCAAGCCGGUCAUAUUCCACUGGAACACUCCUUACAGUUCGAUGAACGACACAGAAGGGGACUUUCUUUGGGAUGCGAUCAAUACAGCUCACGGACACAUCGCAGUGGACCAUGCUUUCGCCAAAAAUAAUCAUUGGCCCGCGUCCAUGUCUCUCCCGGAUGAUUCCGACAAAGGACUAUACCUCCUGGAGUCCUACCAUCAGCUUCAUUGCUUGAAAAUCGUGCGACGAGUAUUCCUCGAAAGUCUUGAGGGCAAGCCAUUGAGUUGGCCAGUGCAGCAUGCACGCCACUGCUUCGACUACUUUAGGCAGUUCAUAAUGUGUCACGCAGACAUUACUCCCCUCUACACUCAGGGGAAGCACAAAUCUGGUGAUGGUCAAGUACAUAUGUGCCGCGACUGGUCAGCUUUACGUGAUUAUGCUACAGAACAUUCUGCAUGCUUCAGAGAUAGAGUCGGACAGGAAACACUUGGCCAACAGUUUGGUCACUGUGAUGAUGGCAAUGAUGGGCUAGAGGAUGCGGUAUGA